UCCGGUCAGAAGUCGAUCUGGGUGAAGAAGAGAAACUUGUAAUAUUAAUAUAAUAAUAACAUGUAGAAGUGAAGUGAGACUCGGGCCCAUGUUGCGGGUGGAGGCGCUGGAGCUGCAGCUGUGUGCGGUGGUGGAGGCUCUGCUGCGGGGGGCGGUGACGGAGCUCCGCCGGCUGAUGGAGGAGGAGGACCGGGCCGACGGGAGGAGUGUGGCCGCCCAGCAGCGCUCAUCUCCGGCUGCAGUGAAGAGGGAGGAGGAGGUGGAGGUGGAAGAAGUGAGUCCACUGAGGCAGAAGUUGAAUGGAGACACAACGACCCAGUUUGCAGCUCUGAUGGAAACUUGGACCAAAGCUGCCGUGGAGAAAAUCCUGACGAUCCUGAAAGUGUCGAUGUGUGAAACCGAAGAAGAAGCCGAACCGAGCGACCAGAGCACGAAGCCGCCAGAGAGAUCAGCAGCCAGAAGAAAGAAGAUGGAGGGAGGACGGGAACCAGGAAUAAGGAAGAAGAACAAGAGAGUGAAUCACAAAGCUUCACAUGAGGAGAGAAUCUGUGGAUCUGAGUUUGAACCUGACGACUUGUUAACAGAUCUCAGGUCAGAGCCGGUUCCUGACUCCGCCCCCGAGCCGACCUCCGAUGUCAGGGAGGAUUUCACCGACGCUUCCACAUCCCAGAUCACACAGAGGAAGAAGACGACUGGAUCGGUCGAGUGUCCCUCGUGUCCCAAGACCUUCGCUCUGAAGUGUUUGAUGGAGAGACACCGGCGCUCUCACUCCAAACCUCACCUCUGCUCUCACUGUGGGAAACGCUUCUCGGUGCUCGCCGGGCUCAUCGCACACGCACGCCGCCACACGGGAGAGAAGCUGCACAAGUGCUCCGAGUGCGGGACGGAGUUUGCUUACAAGUCCACCUUCGUGAGACACAUGCGUCAGCACAGCCUGAAGACGGUGGACGCCCACGUGUGCUCGCUGUGUGAGACGCACUUCACCGACACGCUGGCGUUCCAGCGGCACCGGUGCUGCGCCCUGAACAAGACGUUUGUCUGCUCGCUCUGUCCGGAGACUUUCCAGUGCAGACAGAGUUUGUCCGAUCACGAGAACCUUCACUCAGGAGCACGAGACUUUGUGUGUGAGAUGUGCGGCGAGAGUUUCCUGUCGUCCUCGUCGCUGGCGACUCACCGGGUGACUCACCUGGAGGAGGAGUCCUGCUGCGACCAGCUCGGCCUCGGCUGCAGCGACCUGAGCGUCCUCACGCUGCACCUGAGCAAGCACGCCGGGGAGAAGCUCUUCACCUGUGAGGUCUGCGGCAAAGGCCUCAGUCACCAGAGCGCCCUGAAGCACCACAUGCUCACGCACACGGGCGAGAGGCCGUACAUCUGCGAGACGUGCGGCAAGCGCUGCAGCCACGCCAGCGCCCUGCAGAACCACAUGCGGCUCCACACCGGGAGGAAGCCGGGGACGCUGUCGGCCUGCGGCGUGUGCGGGAAAGAAUUCCGCCGCACGGCCCGACUCAAGUAUCACAUGAGCGUCCACACGGGGGAGAAGCCGUACGUCUGCGAUCAGUGCGACAAGAGGUUCAGCAACCCCAGCAACCUGCAGCUGCACAGGAGGAGCCACUCCGGGGAGAAGAGGUACGGCUGCAACAUCUGCGGCCGGAGGUUCACGCACCCCCACAGCCUGAAGGUGCACCGGCUGAUCCACAGCGGCGAGCGGCCGUACCGCUGCGGCGUCUGCGGGAAGGAAUUCAUCAACCGCAGCGACUGCAGGAGACACGAGAGGGUUCACCGAUCCGAGGGAGGAGCCGGGGGGGCACUGUGUGAAAACACUGAGCAAUGAAAACAUGAAGCAUCUCACUAACAUCUGAUCUGUAUCGUUUGUUUACAUGAAACUGUGAUUCACUGUUUGUGUUCGACGUGUUAAUGUGAAGAAGAAACUGUGAGACUAAAGAAAUGUGUUGAUUCUAUACAUCCCGUUUCUAUCACUAGGUGUAUUUGUCACUUUGGCUUUUAUAU